GGAGGCGGCUGAGGAAAUCGUCCGUGCGUUCAAGUCGUCGUGGCGCCGUGAACGUUAACGUCAGUUAACGUUAACGGUAAGGGGGCGGGGGGGGGAGCCCCGAGCUCGGAGUCGCCGACUUCGUCAUGCCGUCGGUCACGACCGCGACAACGACGACGGCGACGACGACGACGACAACGGUGUUCUCCGGAUCGGGAGGAGCGGCGUUUUCUCGCUGCUGAUAUGGGGCCACUGACCGAGCGUUUGGUCCUGGUCCGCGGACCCUCCCUCGAAAAUAAGUAAAAAAAAAAAAAAAGGAAAAAACAGUCUCCGAGCGGGUCUAUAUAAGGAGAUCGUGAAGGCGACGAAGGCGACGACGUCUUUUUCCAAGUGUAAGACGACGACCGGGGUCAGGAUGGCCUCGACCUCGACCAGCACGUCGCCCGACGUCCAGGUGCUGAUGGGCAAGGGCAAGCGCGGAGCGGCGGCCUACAUCAGCUUGACUACUGGCCUGGACACCGGCGGCUGUCCGCAGUACCUCAACGAGCUGCUGGACGUCCUGCUGAAUCCCAGCAAGCCCAUCGACGACUGGGAGACCAUCGACUGGUGCAAGUGGCUCAUGGCUGGCGGCCGGACACCCGACGAGUUCGCCAGUACAGGUAAACGCGAAGCGGUUAAUACGAGGAACAUAGUUUUGUCGAUACAGAAUAUGCAUCCUGCAAAACAUUUGCAUUGUUUUGCAGAAGGCUUCUGUCUGUUUGUCGUUGACGUUUGUUAUUUUAUUCGUUGAAUGACUGAAGUGUCGACACAGCAGGUGGAAGAUCGUUUUUGCGAUAAAUGUUUACUUGUAGCUCGAAACAAAUUGCUAAUAUCGUGUAAUAUUUAUCGACUCUCGUUGAGAAAAUUUAUAUACUUUUGUUAUAAUCAGAAUUUAACUGACACAUUUUACUUGGAAUUUAUAUAUAUAUUUAUUGUUAACUUCAGCUACUUGGAAUUUAUAUAAGCAGCGUCAGAAAAUCGAAAACGAUAAAAUUAUUUUUACAAACAGCAAUUUAG